AUGAUUUUAACACUGUGGAGAAUUCAAAAGAAGAAAAGAGGAUUUAAAAAAGCUAAAUCCUUACUUAUCCUUUUGAAUUCUGAAAUAAUAUGCACUUGGAAUAUAUUUUGGUCACCCGCUCAAGCACCUACUGGUUUAGGACGCCCCAGUGGAGGCCUCCUAACGCUAAUCGAUUCUCAAAUCAAGCACAAAACUUUAGAUGCCUCUGACUCUUGGAUUAUCACUGCCUUACACCACGGCCGUCUAACAAUAAUCACAGCUACAGUCUAUUUUAAACCAAGUGUUGACAUUGAGGACUCACUACUAGCACUACAACUGGCGCUUUUCCCCAUCAUGGACCAACAAGACUACGACAUUUUCAUAAUCGCUGGCGACUUCAACGCACGAGUGGGAUCUCUAGGCGACUUCAACAUGGAGAUGCUAAACUUGAAUACCCUAUCUUGCAGCAGAACUUCCUGUGACAGCACCGUCAACCACCGAGGUAAACUUCUUCUUGAUUUUAUGGAUUCAGCUGGUUUUGUACUGAUCAACGGUCGCUCCAAGAGAGAUACACCUGGCCAACUAACUUUCGGGAACAAAAAUGGAAGCAGCACCGUCGACUUAGUUUGGGUAGACAUUACCGGCCUCCAUCUCGUCAAGGACCUAUGGGUCGAGGAGCAAAUUACUAAAUCUGAUCACUUUCCAAUUUCCAUAGAACUUUUCACGCCUUUCUCUCAGCAAACAAACGUUCAACCAGAAUAUCCCGCAGCCAGUCAAGUCAAGCUCCAGUGGUCAAGUCCCGGCAAACAAGCUUUCAAGAAUGCCAUGCGUUAUUCCCCUCUUAUAGCAGGAGACUUCCACAAUAUGUCCUCUGAUCUCCUGUAUGAAAAUCUAUGUAAUAGCAUUACAUCAGCAGCCAGAAAAUGUGGAAUGCAAAUUUCUACUCGUCCAAUUCGUAAAUCUAAUCACAUAAACAAGCCCUGGUAUGAUCUAGAAUGUUCCACAAAGAGGAAUGCACUCUAUUGCAUGCUGAAAGCCUGCAAAUCUUACAAGGACAAUAGCUACAUGUGGUCUGAGUAUCAUAAACUAAAAGAUAAUUACUACAAGCUAUUAAAAAUAAAGAAGAAGGAUCACGACCGAGAAGUACUUAACAAGUUCAAAAAUGUAAAGUCUCAAGCUGAGUUUUGGAGCGUAGUUAAAACAGUCAGGAAGCCUUCCUCGCAGCCACAGUGCAUUCCCCUAGAGCAAUGGGAGGAGUUUUUGAGCAGUAUCUACCCCGAGAAACCUAGUACAAGUGGAAGUUUUUUCGGAAGGGACGACCCGGACUUAGACGCCGAAAUCACUCUCCUAGAAGUGCAGAUCAGCCUUAAAAGCGUUAAGAACGGAAAAUCUCCCGGAAUUAACGGUAUUACCAACGAAUUCCUAAAGGAGCUACCCGACAACUGGCUCCUCUACAUCGUCGCCCUUUUCAAUAAAAUUUACAGGACUGGUGAAAUCCCUUCAGACUGGUCGAGGGUCAUUCUACAUAUGCUCCUCAAAAAAGGCAACCCGCAAGACCCCAGCAACUACAGGGGUAUCGCUCUAGUCAAUUGCGUGUCUAAAGUGUUCACCCAGGUCCUCCUCUGUCGUAUCAGAGUAUGGGCAACGAAAAAGAACCUCAUUCCUGAAGAACAAACAGGUUUUGAACCGGGUCGUAGCUGCGCUGACAAUGUCUUCUCUCUUUUUGCUCUACACCACAUACAAUCCCGGUUUAAAGGAAACGCAGCAUACUUACUGUUUAUCGACUUUAAAAGAGCCUUCGACUCUGUCCCCCACGAAAAGCUAUGGGCCAAGCUACACUCUAUGGGCACGAGUUCCAAACUGCUACAGUUCCUGAGAAACUUCUACGCAAACAUCAGAAUGCAAGUCCGAGCCAAUAAUAAGCUAUCAAAUCCCAUCGACAUUACUGAGGGGGUUUUACAGGGAGAAAUACUAAGCCCAAUCUUAUUCAGCCUGUAUAUCAGUGAUAUCGUGUCCUUCUUUAAGUCAAAGGGAGCCGAAGGCAUCUUCCUGGGUUCCUCGGACGUGUUGUUCCUGAUGUAUGCGGACGAUCUUGUUCUUCUCUCUACUUCGUGGAACAAACUCUUAAAAAACCUGCGACUACUAGAGGAAUACUGCGAAAUCAAUGGAUUAACAGUGAACGUGAGUAAAACGAAGGUAAUGGUGACCAGUAACAGUGGCAGAAUUAAAGCCCCUGGCGUGCCUAAAUAUAAAAACCAGGAUCUUGAAGUGGUAACUGAGUACGAAUACCUCGGGGUGAAGUUCACGUCAAAUGGGAAAGGAAAAUCUGCCACCGAAUCAGCCGCCAGAAAAGGCAAAGUAGCAACUGGUACCGUGCUUUCCAUAAUAGCCAAACUCAAAGCUAACUCUUGGUACGGGAGACUAGAACUUCAUAAUAGCAUAACCCAAUCUUCUAUGCUGUACCUUGCGCACCUAUGGGGACUCAACCAAAAUCACUUGGAGAUACUUGACACUGCUAACUUGGUGUUCUUCAAAAAGACCAUGUAUUUACCAAGCUGUACUCCAAAAUAUGCUAUCCGCGUUGAACUUAAAUUAGAUCACAUCUCCGUGAAAAUUUUAACAGCAGCUAUUUCAUGGGUCAUAAAAAUACUCGACAUGGACGACUCACGUAUCCCAAAAAGAUGUUAUCUGAAACUGCAUAGUCUCCUAGAUACCCCCUACAAGAGGUCAAACUGGAUCAAGCAGCUGCAAGACAUUCUCGCACUGAUUGGGGAAGAGAAUUUAAUCCACAGUCUCUCCUCAAACACUUGGAAAGCUAAAAAGGACUCCGUCCUGGCCAAGUUCCAGCUCUACAAGCAAACCUUGGACAUUGCUCGCUAUAAUACAUCGUCAGCCUGCCAAUUCUGCUUUAAACGACCAAUUUUGGAAGUCUACCCAAAGAUAUUCGAAAACUUCCCAGGGCACAUCACCAAGCUAGUGAUACAGUUGAGACUAGCUAACCUAUAUGCUUGCAACCUCUCCAUCAAUACCCACUCUUUGAAACUCUCCCCUACUAGAAUCUGCAGAAAUUGUCACCUGGAAGAGCGAGAAACGAUCAACCAUGUUGUACUUAGAUGCCCUUUCUAUGCAAACGCUCGUCUCCAACACUUCAACAUAGAGGAUGUGGAGCCUGUCGCCGAAGUACUGUCUUGCCUCGAAACGUUGAACCUGGACCAGCUCAAAAAAUUGUUCUUCUUCUUCAAAGACAUUUUUACUUCCACAAACCUAUGA